GGCCGGCGAAUCGCAUCAUUUCUGGCCGCGCGCAAUCGUCCGUCGGUAUCUCCCUGGCAAUAACUCUCGACACUUCCCAUCAACGUUCGAAAGAACAGGAUAAAAAUCCUACUAAAAUAGCCAUUUUAUUCCAAAAAAGUCUAAAAAUAAUUACCACCUGCAAGAUAUCAUCUCGAUUAUUGAAUGUUCGGGAAUGUUUGAAAUGAAAUAACUGUAAAAAAAACUAAAACUUUUGCUCACAUUUUUGUCUGAGUGGCAUUUUAUAAGUAGAUGGUAAAAGGAAAAUAAGAAGGCUCUGCAAUGCAUUCGGUAUAGAAAAAAGACACCAGUCAUGUGGUAUGCAUUACUGCUCGUAAGCAUUGCGUCAUGCACAUCGGAAAGCAUUUGGCCGGUCGAGAACCGAAUCUUGCAACUGAGAACGGCCGCACCAAGAUCCGACUCUCCCCCGUCGUACAUGGUACACCUGUACAACCGGUACCGGAAAGGCCGCAUGCCGUAUAGUGCGGCAAACACCGUCAGAAGCUUCUUUCCGACUCCAGGAAGAUUAGGUACUGAUGACAUUCUGGUCUUCAACUUGACCGGUGUCCAUCCGACCGAGUACGUGGAAAGAGUGGACUUCCAUCUUCAGUCUAAGAGCUCUUACAAACACAGCUCUCGCCUGGAUCAAAAGAAGUCUCAAAUGGAGCUGGACAUUCUUGAUUUGAGCAGGCCACUCCGACCGAAAGUAGAGACCAUCCCGCUGGCCAGACUGCAGUCAGGCAUCUGGCAGACGCUGGACAUCACGGAUAGCAUUAUUGCCUGUUUGGAAGGAGAAGCCGAACAACAUCAUUUAGUGGGCGUGUCCAUCAGAGGGCCCGAGGUAACGGACGCGUCCGAAAUAGUUUCUCAGCCAUUCAUAGUCCUUUUUUCCGAAGACGACGACCACUUGAACAUAGAAGAGCUCGGAAGAGAUGCAUUUCUGCCCCGAAAGAAACGAGAGAUUCUGAACAAUGAGCUGCCCGAUUAUCCUUCAGAAAAGGUGGAUGGGUCUCUGGCGGAAGUGCAGGCUCGUCUCAAAUACAAGCCUCUAGACUCGGCUGUCGCACCCAGACCGGAAGCGAGAAAAGUCUCCAAGACGGAUAUGGAGAAACAUCGAAAGCGCCGACGCAGGCGCAGAAGAAAGGACAAACGAUUACCCUAUGCGUGGGGAAAAAGUUGGUGGAAGAAGUCGGACAUGAAGAAUAACCCUGACUACGAAGGGGAUGAGGAAGAAGACAUGGACGAGGAGGAUGGCAUGGACGAUCAGCUCUUGUGUCAGAAGAGGAAGAUGGUGGUGAGUUUUUCGGAAAUCGGGUGGGGCGACUGGAUCAUCUCCCCCAAGACAUUCGAUGCCUCCUACUGCUCCGGAGUUUGUCCUCAACCCCUCAAGAAAAGCAUCCAGUCAUCUAAUCACGCGAUCAUUCAAGGUCUCAUUCAGUCUCUGGGGUUGAAAAAGAAUGUUCCAGAACUCUGCUGCGUGCCCCACUCCCUCUCUCCGGUCUCCUUGCUCUACUACGACCAGAACAAAAACAUCGUGCUGAAAAGUUUCCCCGAUAUGAGCGUGCAAAACUGUUCAUGCCGUUGACCAAAAAUGAGAGGCGUCUUCCUUCUCAGUGAGAUCAGAGACUCCAUGUUUCUGAUCAUCGUAUUCUGUGUUUAAAUUUGAUUUGAUUUGUUUACAAAACAUCUCUGUUUAAGGAAGUAACGCAGGUCCUUCAGGGUAGAAUUUGUGAAAUAAUUUGGCUUUAUUUAUUAGAAUUUUAAUUAUCCAGUCUGUUUGAAAUAAGACGUCAUCGCUCACGUUUCCAACAAUCAAAACAAAUAAAAUGUAUAUCAGCUAGUGAUGAAACCUUAUAACACUUUUGAAAGAGAGAUCCACUCUGAAUGUUCGAUUUCAACCCUUCUUUGUAAAUAUUUAGAGUUUUAUAAUGCAUUUUGGACAUCCUUCUCCUCCUGCGUGAAUUUUGUGUUUGCAUCAUGUUUUUCUAAUUGUAAUGUAGUACAAUAAAGAGUCAUUCGCACACAUGCAUACACAAAACGUUAAUUUGAAAGGAAAGUAAUAAGUAGAUUUACCAAAGAUAGAAUAUUUCAAUUUAAUUUUAACAAAUACAACAUUAUACAAUUGCUACAAAUACAAUAACAAAUACAAUUUAUAGGAUUACAUUCUUCUAUUUUGGAUGCGUAUGCACAUUAUAAAAAAAUAGAUAAAAAAAAAAGGAAUUAUAAAUGUAAUAGAGGAACUAUAAUAAUCUUUGUAUAAAAAUUGGAAAUGAUAUGUUAUUAAGACUGUUCACAAAUCAGAUACACGGCCUCUCAAAUGAAUACAAAUCUUGUUGGAUUUUUUCAUACAUCAUUAGAAAUCUAUACUUGCUUAUGAGAUUAUUAAUGGAUUUUCUAUUGAGAGUUUACAAAAAUAUCAUACUAAUCAAUAAGAUAUAGACAUGCACCAUAGAAAUGUUCUGCUUCAUUGAAUUCUUUUAUUUUUAAAUCAGCUUUCUUUAAAUAUUAAUGUCAUUAUUAAAUACUAACUAAUGCUAAUAUUAGUAUAAUAAAUAAUACUGACUAAUGAUAAAUAAUGCUCUGAUACUAAAAUUGCUAAGCUAUUAAAUACUAACAUAAUUUAUUUAAGUAACAUUUAUAUUAUUUUGCAAUAAUUUAAAAAGAGUAGAUAUUGACAUCCAUUUCGAAACACUCUUUGGAUAUAUUAUUGACAUCACGCAUGCAGUAACAAGCUAAAAAUAACAUAGAAAAACUAAGAUGUUUUAAUGAUAUAAAGAGAUCUCAAGGCCUCUCCCACUUUUUUUUAAAAUAUCAGUUGAGUUUAGAUUACUUAUGCCCGCAAAAAAUAUAAACAUAAUUCAAUUAAAUAAUUUGUAGAAUUUUUUCUUAAACGCAUUCUAAAUAAAGAGCGUUUCGAUUUGUAUUUUUAUUUGUUUUGUGCAUCAUUGAGUGAAAUUAAAGAAAGUAAUGAAUACAAUGUACAUCCUUUUAUUUUUAGAAUUAUUGUAUAAUAUUACAUUACAAUGGCAUUAAAAAAUGCGUUUAUUACUUUAAAAUACAAAGAAAGUUAAUAAUUUUUCUAAUUAAAUAAUCGAAGAAUUGAAUUUCAGUUUAGUAGAGUAUAAAUUUACUUUUGAAAAAUCUUGCAGCAAGUAAUUAUUCUAUAAAACAAAUGAAAUUCUUGCUUCACAUUCUGAGAACUGCGCAGUAAUCGUUUGGUUAAUAUUCACACAAGCAUACAAAGUUGAUUGGUUUGGUUUCAUUUACAUUAUUAUACGUAAAAAACCUGAUUUCAUGAAAGUAAAUAAAUUUCAAAAUACCCUUCUAUAAAUACAAAUUGCUCAUGAAAUACAAGGGCUAUUCAGAAAUUUCUUAGGUGAAAUUUCUGCAGCGUUGGUAUGUGUUAGAAAAAACUUUCGUUUCACGUGCCAGAAAAGAUGAUGCGUCAUUUCUUAAAAUAAAUCUAUUUUCGAUAGAAAUGCACAUAAGAUCGGAACUAAUAACUGCAGUAAAAUGUUUUCUUUUAUGUGGAAUGCUCAUUUGAAUAUGUUUCUCUUCAAUUCUUUCAAUCAAUAAUAUGUGUAUUCGGGUUUCUCAGGGAUCGAAAAAUAUUUUAUUUAUCAUUUUGAGCAAUUUGUAUAAAUGGCACACAUUAUCAAAAAUAUUCUUUCUGCUGCAAAUAUUUAAAUUAAUAUCAUUUAAAUAUUUUUACGAUUUAAAAAACUUGAUCUAGAAUGAUAGCAUUGAUUAAACAUUUUUAGGUCUUAUUGUUCCAGUUGAUAUAAAUUUUCUGUAUUAGCACUCUUCAUAUUUGUAUCAUUGAAUAUGUGAAUUACUGUUUUAUUGUUAAAAGCAGUCGGAUUUGAUGGAGUGGUUUUAAAUUUGACUCUUUGUGUAAGUAGAAUGCAGAAUAAAUCUGUUGUUUCAACUUUAAA